UGCAGACGCCGCCGCCCCGGAAUUGCCUGCACCUCUUAACCAUGGUCAACCCCACCGUGUUCUUUGACAUCGCCGUGGACGGCGAGCCCUUGGGCCGCGUCUCCUUCGAGCUGUUUGCAGACAAAGUUCCCAAGACAGCAGAGAAUUUUCGUGCUCUCAGCACUGGGGAGAAAGGAUUUGGUUACAAAGGUUCCUGCUUUCACAGGAUUAUCCCGGGAUUUAUGUGCCAGGGUGGUGACUUCACACGCCAUAAUGGCACUGGAGGCAAGUCCAUCUACGGGGAGAAGUUUGACGACGAGAAUUUCAUCCUGAAGCACACAGGUCCUGGCAUCCUGUCCAUGGCGAACGCCGGACCCAACACGAACGGUUCCCAGUUUUUCAUCUGCACCGCCAAGACCGAGUGGUUGGAUGGCAAGCACGUGGUGUUUGGCAUGGUGAAGGAAGGCAUGAACAUCGUGGAAGCCAUGGAGCGCUUUGGGUCCCGGAACGGCAAGACCAGCAAGAAAAUCACCAUUGCUGACUGUGGACAAAUCUAAUAAAUUUGACUCGUGUUUUAUCUUAA